AUGCUGAUACACGUCGACUGGGUUGAAGCUCUUCCGCUUGUCCUCCUUGGUAUUCGUUCCGCAUUCAAGGUCGAUAUAGGGUCUUCAUCUGCUGAACUUGUCUACGGCGAAUCUCUGCGUCUCCCAGGAGAGAUGUUGACAGCCCAAGCUCCAAAUGCUGAAGAUAUGCCAGUUUUCCUUGCCGCUCUUCGAGAGCACAUGGCUCGCCUCAGACCGACGUCAGCAUCAAGGCAUUCUAAACCAGGAACUUUCGUCUUCAAGGAACUCGAGCGCUGUACGCAUGUAUUUCUGCGCGAAGGGCCUGAACGACGAUCUCUUCAGCAACCAUAUCGAGGACCAUACGAAAUAAUCGACAGAAAUGACAAAAACAUGACUCUCAAAAUUAACAAUAUACCCAACACAGUUACUAUUGACAGAGUUUUCCCAGCUUUUAUUUUGAACGACGAUGAACCACCUCCACCAUCUGCAUCUACGCCUAUACCUGUUGCGAUGCCACCUCCAACUCAUCCGCCUCAAUUAACGCCACCGCCCGUACCACCAUCAUCAAAGCCUGAAGUCACAACCCGUUCUGGAAGACGAGUUCGACUUCCGGUCCGUUUUCAAACCUGA